AUGGCGCUUAGAGUUCCAGCUCCAAAGGCAGCUAAGGUUGCAAUUGAGUCAAUAGGGCGUGGAUAUGAUGUAUCAAUUGAUCUAAGGUUGAGAUACUGUAAGGGGGAUCUGAAGGAUACACGGUUAAUUGAGAUUGAUGAAGACGGGGGUCGAGAAAUCAUUUUGCCAGGUGGGAUUUCAAUACCAAAUGUGUCCAAAUCGAUAAAGUGCGAUAAAGGGGAGCGAACUCGGUUUAGGUCUGAUGCUCUGUCAUUCCAGCAGAUGUCUGAGCAGUUCAACCAGGAAUUGUCUUUGACUGGAAAAAUUCCCUCAGGUUUUUUCAAUGCCACGUUUGAAUUCUCAAGUUGUUGGCAGAAAGAUGCUGCCAACACUAAAACCCUUGCUUUUGAUGGAGUGUUUAUUACACUCUAUACAGUUGCUUUAGAGAAGUCUCAGAUGGUGCUCCGUGAUCAUGUUAAGAAGGCUGUCCCAUCAUCAUGGGAACCUGCUGCAUUAGCAAAGUUUAUUGAGACAUUUGGCACUCAUAUUAUUGUUGGUGUGAAGAUGGGUGGGAAGGAUGUAAUAUAUAUGAAACAACUACAUUCAUCAACUCUUCAACCUGCUGAUAUACAGAAGAGAUUAAAGGAGAUGGCAGAUAAGAGGUUUUUAGAUACAAACGGACAGUAUAGUAUGGCUUCUGAACAAGUUUACCAGAACAACAAGCUUGAAAUUAGGGAGCAGAGGCUGAGAUUUGCUGAUACCAGCCCAUCAAGCUCGUAUUCUCACAAGGAGGAUAUUAGAAGACUUUACAAGAGAAGAGGUGGAAGUGAUAAUGUGAUUUUAUCCCAUACUGAGUGGUUAAACACCGUUCAAUCUGAGCCUGAUGUUAUCUCAAUGUCGUUUAUCCCGAUUACCUCUCUGUUGAAUGGCAUCCCAGGGUGUGGAUUUUUGAGCCAUGCCAUAAAUCUCUAUUUACGAUAUAAGCCCCCAAUUGAAGAGCUACACCAGUUUUUGGAAUUUCAGCUGCCUAGGCAGUGGGCGCCAGUGUUCAGCGAACUUCCUCUAGGGCCUCAGCGGAAGCAACAAAAUACAGCUUCAUUACAGUUCAGUCUCAUGGGGCCAAAGCUUUUUGUGAACACUAGUCCGGUUGAUGUGGGUAAGAGACCAGUGACUGGCCUUCGGCUUUAUCUAGAAGGUAAAAGGAGCAAUCGCUUAGCCAUACACUUGCAGCACCUUUCUUCUCUUCCAAAAAUCUUCCAACUUAAAGAUGAUACAAAUGGUAAUUUCAGUCAAGAUUCCCAUGAUCGUAACUACUAUGAGAGAGUUCAAUGGAAACAUUUCUCUCAUGUCUGCACAGCUCCUGUGGAGUCUUAUGAAGAUCUUUCUAUUGUAACUGGAGCUCAGUUACACGUUGUGAGUUCUGGGUUUAAGAGUAUUCUCUUUUUGCGACUUCGAUUUUCAACUGUGUUGGGAGCUGCAGCUGUAAAGCAUCCAGAGUGGGAUGGAUCGCCAGGGUUGGCACCUAAGUCCGGCCUCAUAUCAACAUUAAUCAGCCAUCACUUCACAUCAGUGCAGAAGCCAUCUCCACGGCCAGCUGAUGUUAACAUAAAUUCAGCCGUAUACCCUGGUGGUCCUCCCGUGCCAGUUCAAGCCCCUAAGCUUCUUAAGCUCGUUGACACAACAGAGAUGACAAGAGGACCACAAGAAACUCCUGGCUAUUGGGUUGUUUCUGGGGCAAGACUAGUGGUUGAGAAGGGCCGGAUUUCUCUCCGGGUUAAGUAUUCCUUGUUGACUCAAAUAUUACCUGACGAUGACGAUGUUGAAAUAGAGCAGUAA